AUGUCAAUUAAAUGGAGUACUCCACCUGGAAUUCCUUCUGUAACAAACUAUGAUAAUAAAAUUGGAAAACAAGAUUUACCAAAACCAACUCUUUCUCCAAAUGAAUAUAAUUUACAAGUUAUUUUACCAAAAAUUACACCAAUAGUACCUGUUCAAUCAUAUCCUGAUUCUUUUUAUGAAUUAACUCCAAAUGAAGUUAAAAUCCUUAUGCAACCAAUUCAAAAACCAGACCAUUUAAUUUCAAAAUCUUAUCAAGAAGAUCAACGAAUUAUAAGAAAUUCAAAAUAUAAGAAAACAACUAUUAAAAUAAAAUUUCCUGAUAAUACUGAAUUAAUUCGUUGUUUUCAUCCUUUACAAAUAGCUCAUGAUAUCUAUAAUUUUAUUGAUGAAUCUCUUCGUUUAAAAAUAAAAUAUGCAUUAAAAUUAUCUACAGGAAAACGUGAUUUAAUUAAAAAUGAUGAACAGACAUUAGCUAAAUUAAAUCUUGUUCCAGGAGCUAUAUUAUUAAUAGUUUUUGAAGAUUAUAAAUCAGUAGAAAAACCAUAUCUUAAAGAAGAAUUAAUGUCAUUAGCAAUUCAAAAGAAAUAA